AUGAGAUUAUUCUUUGAGGCCUCCAACCUUGAUUUAUGGGAGAUUGUCGAGAAUGGUCCUUACAUUCCAUACAAAACUAUAAAAGGACAACUUAUAAGACAAGAAAGGAGUGAAUUCACUAAAAAGGAAGAGAAAGUUAUGCUCCUCAACUCCAAGGCCAAAUUAAUUAUUGCAAGUGCCUUGAGUCAGCAAGAGUACCUCCGCAUGAGUAACUUGGGAAAUGUAAAGGAGAUGUGGGAUGCUUUAGAAAUUGCUCAUGAAGGAAGAUUAUCCAUACUGAAGGAAGAUGUUGAUAAGAAGAAGAAGUCACUGGCUCUAAAAGUAGCAAAGGAAGAAUUUGAUUUUGAAGCCAAUGAUAAUGAAGAAUUUGAUGAAUAA